UGCAGGAGUGCGGUAAGGGUUUGGAAAGAUUCACGAAAUCAAACACCGAACUGAACAGAAAACUCGGGCACGGAAACUAGUUCGGCACGCGCUGCUCAGCCAUAAUAUUAUGGGUGCCGCCUCUAGCAACGCCCGGUCGGUCGUGAUACCCAACACAACCGGCCUGAUCGAUAUCUCCGACGAUGUCGUCAAGCGGAUGAAGAACAGUUCUUCGUCGUCGCAGUCGCAGCAACCGGACGCGCCGCCGCAAUCCGCCGCCGAUGGUGCUGAUGCUAGACCCGGGCCCGGCCCCAGUUCGUACCCGAACCCCUCGCCAUCGGCUGCCUCAGUGUUUCACGGCGAGCUGCCCCUUACCUCGCUGCAAGUACGCCAAGAGAAGGAGCGGGAGCUGCGCGAAAACGAUAUCUACUGGACGAAACGCAUGAAGGCACUCGAGGCAAACCUGAAGCAGACUAAUCAGGUCCUCGAGAAGGAAUACAACGCAGCGGUAGCCGAUGUGAAGAAACGAUUCGAAACGUCGGCGGUUCGCCAGCAACUGCCACCGUGCCAGGACCUCAAGGCUAAGGUGAUCGAAUGCUACCGUGCGAAUCCCUCUGAGACGCUGCGCUGCGCAAAUGAGGUCCAACAGUUUACCGAUUGCGUCAACCUGCAUCGCAUUCAGCUACUCCAACAGCGUGCCACGGCGGAAACCCAGAAGCAGUAGCACCCACUAUGUGCUGCUAGAAGACGAAGGAGAAAAUGUCUUGUGGUCAGUUAGUGCAGCGACGCAACGUUGUAAAAGCACCCGUCCAUAACAUCCAAAUAGUGGUGCGGUUUACAUUCAUUGUUCAAAAUUACCUUGGGCGCCAGCGCGAGGACGCCAGCGCGAACUUAUAUCGGGUGCAAAAAUUCGCUUUUGUUAGUCGAGGGAGCGAAUAAUCUAAUAAAAUAUAAAGCGCAUGGACUUGUGCUAGCGAAA